GACAAUGAAAAGAUGUUGCUAUACACAUCCUUUCCAGCAGAUGUGUUUAACAUAAUAGUACAGGUCCUGAGACGGAUGGCACCCUUCAACUACUAUGCUGGUUGGGAGGUAACCUGUUUUGGCCUAGAAGACCAGUUGCUAAUAUGUCUAAUGAAACUGAGAUUAAACUUUCGAGAUUUAGACCUUGCUGAUAGGUUCGGAACAAGCCGCUCUACUGUUUCAAAUAUUGUGAACACGUUUAUCUCAGUUUUGCAUGAGAUCUUUUACGAUGGUGUGUUAAAGGCGGUUGGGAUUCCGUCACAACUAAAGUGCAAAGGAUCCAUGCCAAAAUCCUUUGAGGAUUUUACAUCAGCCAGGAUUGCCAUGGAUGCAACUGAAAUUACUCAAGACAUUCCAUCCAAUAUGAACAGUCAGUCUCUUACUUACAGCAAUUAUAAAAGCCGCCAUACGGUGAAAGCCGUGACGUGUGUUGCUCCAAAUGGGGCACUUGUAUUCACAUCUGAUUUAUAUCCCGGAUCCACGUCAGAUGCUGCCAUAGUUGAGCACUGUAAAGUCCUUGACCAUUUACAGCCCGGAGAUUUAAUUCUCGCAGAUAAAGGAUUCAAUAUCUUUGACAAACUUCCUGCAGGGGUUUCAUUAAACAUCCCACCAUUUUUGUCUAGUAAAUCUCAUUUUACCAGAGAAGAGGCAAAACUGUGCUAUAAAAUUGGACGCAGUAGAAUUCAUGUAGAGAGAGCCAACGAAAGGAUUAAAAACUAUGAAAUCCUCAGCCAUAUACCAUCCCAGUACAGACAUAUGACAACAAAAAUAUUUCAGUUAUGCUGCUGUUUAGUAAAUCUUCAGGCUCCUCUCCUUAAAGAGAUUGCUAACAAGUAUGAGGUAGAGCAGGAGAAUGAGUCAGAGAUGUAGUAAUAUUAAUACAAUAAAAUACACUAUGCAAAGAAUAGCAAUUUUAGAAAAUUUUCAUGUUUUUUGUUACCUUCAGAAUAUUUUCAUCUUUAAUUCUGAAUCUCAUAAGUUAUAAAAACCAAUUACAGGUUAGCUGUGUGCAUAUUAAGAGUAUCCAGUAAUGAUUUGAAAACAGAAAUAUUCCUCAAAAUGAAAGAGUAUGUAAAUUUUGAUUAAGACCUAAAGGUAUUCUCUGUGUUAAAAAUCAAGUU